CGGUGAGCGCCAGUCGCUGGCUUGAGAGAGAGGCGCGCGGUUCUCUGCUGCGCCUGAGUUGAACGCACACUCGGCGCGUGCGCCAACCGUUCCAUUUUCAAACAUUCAAACUGUAAGGACCAAGUGACAGUGACCGGAAAACUUGUGUUCAAAAGGGUACUUCAAGUGUUUUAUCUAGACGUUACUUAUACAGUGAGUGUUCUAAACGGAGAUUGUGAGAAUUUUUCUCGUUAUUUGACACACAUAUGACGUGAAUAACGGUGCGAUCAGACUUGAUCGACUCGCUAAAAUCGAAGUGUUAGUGUUUCCUACAGCAGUGUCGGAAUUUUUAACGGACUUGCUUAAGUAAAGAUUGUGAACGGUUUUGUGGCGCUCUUCUCUCAUUCAAGAGCGAUGUCUCGGUGGAAGGGCAAGCUGAGGUAGCCGGCAGAUGGCAGCAGCGCCGGCGAUGUUCCGGCCGGGGCCACUGGACCCCUGCUACGCUCAAAGGAUAUAUGAUACACCGGAGAGCGCGAAAACGAAGAAAUGGUCAUCAAAACUGAAACUGAAUACUUCAGGGAGUGUAAAAUCAUCAGAAAAAUCACCGGAAAGCCCAUAUAUGUAUGGAACCAUCAGCGGACCCAGUGGAUCGUCUUUAUCCAAGUCCAUGAAGUACGCUGAAACAUGGUUGUACGGGUCCGUGAGGACUCAAACCCCACCGAUGAGACCCAGCGUGUUCUCAGCGUAUCCGGAAGUACCUGGCCCUGUUCUAAUAAGUACUCCUCAAAAACCAACACCUCACAAUUACGCUGUAAUACUAUGUUCCUGUCCUGAGUACCUUAAUGGUACAAAGAAAACCAGCUCUACCAAAGUCAGUAUAUGUAAGAAAUGCAAGGGAUCUCGUUUACCUUUAACAAUAGCCGAAAGCCCGCGGAUGUUAGUGGGAGGCACAGUCAGGGGACAUCAAGUGAAUAGAGAUGCUGGUUUACUUAGAGCUGGGACGGUCAGGGUUCAGGGAUCCAAGGCGAGACCUUCUAUACUUAAAUCAAACGGAGAUAACGAUCCUUACGAUUUGAUGAGACGAAGUCGGUUAGCACCUCCACAUGAAGCUCGUAUUGGUAGUCAAUUCUCAACGACUCGUUCACGGGCUAAAAGUAUCAGCCCAUGUAGAGGAAAAAAUAGGAAACCGAGUCCAGAAUCGCAACGUAAAAUUAGAAGUAAAUCUGUUAGUAGAGUCAAUGAAGUCUGGGUUGACGAAGAUAAUAAUGCAAACGUCAACGAUUCUAAGAAGUCUAUUUUAUCAUGUGACAUCAACCCAUAUGAUCUGGUUAAGUCAAGUGGUCAUUUAAAAUCAUUAGUCGAAAUAGAAUUUGAUGAUGAUUAUGCUGAUAUGUUUCAAGAUGCUCUGAAAGUAGGUAACUCUAGACCACUGAGUAAAUCCAAGUCAGAUACUAAUGUUAAAGCUAUUGGUGGCCAACGAAUUCGUAUAUCAGACGAAUCUAAGACUUACGCUAUACAAGAUACAACUUCUUACAACUCCUUAAACUGUGAUCUCAAAAAUUUUGAAAUGAAAAUGCAGGAAAUACCUUCCUUAUUACCAAAUAUUAAAACUGAGAGCAACAAAUCGUUGCAUGUAAAUAAACCCACUAACAAAAAGACUAUUAACUUAUCUCCCGCAAAUCGUACAAAACAGAAAAGUGCUUCUCCAAAACGACCACCGAGAAGAGUACGAAAUGCAAGAACCGACGAUGAUAGUGAAAGUGACAACCAACGUCUACCAGAACGUAAUUAUGUUAGAAAAGUACCCUCAGAUAACUUACGAAAUCAAAAAUAUAAAACAAAUAACUCUGAAAAUAUAAAGUCUAUACUAAAAAAACCAAGAAAUUACGAUUUAUAUAUAGCCAAUCCAAAAUCAGAAACAUCCGAUGAAUCGUCUGAAAAGAAACGAAGCAAUGCUUCACAGUUCUAUCUUCCAAAGCCAAAGGAGAAAGGCUUUACUACAACACAGAACAUAUUACAACGAAAACGUGUCCAAUUUUUGGUAGAAAAUGAAGAAACAAAAGUUAUUUACACAGCAGAAUUCAAUCUUCAAGAAAAUACGGUUAGAGGAAUACCAGGAGAUAUACCAGUGGACGUGGAAGACGACAUCGUAGCAGAAGGUGAUAUUGUUAGCCACAGUUUGACAGAGGUUGACGUUGAACUGGCUAAAUUAAUCACACAAAGUACAGGAAAUUAUCCAAGCCUUUAUGAAGACGUACAAGUGAAUAACAAUUAUGGAGUUAUUGCGGAUGACACCAUCAGCCCCGUUGAAAGCAAUGUCUUUUCAAAUAAUGCGACGAACUCAACAGAAGAAAAUGUAGCAGAUAACGAAGUACCAAAAGUACCUGUUCUACGUCGCUCAGAAUCAGAAAGACUGACUUCGAUUAUGUCAGUUGCACCUCCUAAAUUUCUGGAUACUAUGGCGUUGCGUCCCAAACCUAAACAUGGACAUACAAGUCAAGUCUUUUUAGGAUCUCUCAAUGAAUACGAGCAUAACAAAGAGAAUAAUUUACGUAAUGAAUCGCCGCAUAUUAACAAUUCUCAACUGGUUGAAAAUAAUGUAUCUCAAAAUAAUGAAGAAUCAGGAAACCUAAGUGAUAAUAGUGACAUAACACAAAAAAUUCUAAAUAAUUUGCGACGAGGUAUAUCAGAAUCUCCUGAGCCGCCUCCUAGGCUCAAAGUAAAGGACCGUAAGUUAAAGAAAAAUAACUACGUAAAAACUCGAUUCGUUAGGAAUAAUUCUACAAGUUCUACAAGUGACGAAUGGUCUGACGUAAAUGAUAAUGAACAAAGAACUGUUUUACGAGUAAAACAAUUUGAUUCAGAUGAAGGCGAAGAACCCAAUACUUCAAUGAAAAUAACAGAAAAUGAGCCUAGAAAAACAUCUAUUCAGAUAAGCGGUAAUGAAUGCUAUUCAACAAUGAAUGUCAGUAGCGAUACGCCUAUAUAUCUCUCUUCAGUCGUGGUUAAUGACGAUUCAGGAAACACGUGUGAUACUUAUCAGACUGGAACCACAGUUACGAUUAGCGUUGGUACUCCUCAAAAAGAAAUAAAGAAAUCUAAGAGUCAGAUCUAUAUAGGCACUUCCCUGUCUAACCGUAGAGAAAAGAAAGAGGAGUCAAAUACAUACGAAGAGUAUUAUAAUGACAAUCAACCAAUCAAUUCUAAUAAUACAACUAAUUCAUUUAAUGACCUCAGUACAUCUGAUAUGUCCACAAUACUAAAUGAUCCUGUACAAGCUGUCAAAUUAAACCUUGUUCCACACGUUUGUGGCAAAAAUAAUAAUUUAUUGAAUAACAGUGUUGAAUCUAUUGAUCAAUCUCCGGAUGAGAAACAGUCACAAAAUGGGAAUUUUGUUAGUAAACUCUUUGACGAUCCAUUCUUUGGCCAUUUAGCAGAAGGUCUCGACUCAGGUUUAGUAAAAAAAUUAAUAGAAAAUUCGCUUAUUAAACUUCAAGAGACUAAACACCAGGAUGGACCAGAACCACAAGAAAUCACUAUUGGAGAAUUGAUUGAAAGCUCUUUAAAGAAUCUCAAAGAAGAAAUUAAUAAAAGAGAAGAGACGAAAAUGAAUAAUAAUGUCAACGAACAAAAUAGCGCCAGAGAUGACGAGUCGGACAAGAAAGCAGCCGACACGUCAGCUUGUCUAGAAAACGACGACAACGGCUGCUCUGCUCCCUAUGAAAGUAUGGAGUAUGAAAGCGGUGCUAUGGGAGUAUUUUCAGACCUUGAACCUAUGUCAGACUGUUAUAAUGCGUCCGCAAGCGAACUUUCUACUGAAGAUGACACCACUUCAACAAGAUCUAAAUUUUAUCAAAUGUUAGUUGAUGCUGCGCUAUGCGAUAUUGAGAUAGCAAGCAACACUGAUGAUGAUCAUCACUAUGAAUCAAUCCGUCUUAACAGUGAUCCCAUUUAUGAAGAAAUUGGUGAUAUGCCACCUCCAUUACCAGUUAAUCCUCCUCCAACAUCAUUAUCAAUAUUAGACGAAGAGAAACGAUGUGGUUCGCGGUCGAUUUUUGAAGGAGCAUCAAAAUAUGAUAUUUUAUCCUAUUUGGUUGAUGCUAAAGAAAGAGGUAUCGAUGACGAAGAUACGUAUAUCACCAGUUUCGGGACUGAAAACGAUUCACUGAAUCAAUCCAAAGACAAAAUAAUAACUUCAGAAAUAAAUGCGCAUCUAAGCAGUAAUACAAGUCAUCUAUCAAACGCAUCUGAUUCGAGUGAAGACAAUUCAUUAAUUAUUAAUCAUGACAGUAUUGAAAAAACUCUUGUUUGUAAGAAAACAUCCGCUGAAAUCGAAAGAAACGAUUCUGGUGUUGGUUCAGAAACAAGUAAGUCAUCUAGAAGUCGACUACAGGGGAAAAUAUCACCGUGCAAUACAUUGACGGAUAAAGACACUCCAAUACAUCUCUGUGAAGAUUGUGAUACUACGGUUGAAUCGCAAGUUACAGAACAAGGUUCUUUAUAUGCUCCACUAGUAUGCCGAAAAUGCGCGAAGAAACGGGCAGAGAGAAAAGAAAUCAUAACGGAAAUUGUAGAGACUGAGGAAAAGUAUGGGCGGGAUUUGCAAAUUAUCCUUGAGGAGUUUUAUAAACCCAUGUUGGUCGCGGGCUUACUUAAUCAAGAACAAUUAAGUGCAAUUUUCCUUAAUGUUGAAGAACUUAUUGAAAAUAAUCAAGUGUUGUCUGAAAAGUUAAGAGACGCCCUCGAAAUUGCGGUUGACCAAGGAGAUGAGGACUUAUUGACAGUCAACGUGGGGAAGAUACUUCUUGAGUGUUCUGGCAUGCUGACGGCAUUCCAGUCAUACUGUGUGAAACAAGCGGGCGCUGCGCUUCUAUUAGCGGGCCUUGAAAAAGAUAAAGAACUUCUUCGGAUAUUUUUGCGAGUCUCACAAAUGGAAAACACUGUUUUGAGGAGGAUGAACUUGAACUCAUUCUUAAUGGUACCUGUACAACGUGUAACAAAAUAUCCGCUCCUGCUAUCCCGGCUUCAUCGUUCAACGGCCGCUUGCGCUGCUGAAAGGGAUGACGUGCGCAGCGCCCAGCGUUGUGUCGAGUCCAGACUGGAGGAGAUGAACGCAGCAGCGGCAGCGGCGGCGGCUGCAGCUAGAGAUGUCCCCUUGUGGAGAAGACUUGCCGCGGCCAGAAGAACCGCACACGAUCUCCACGUCGCCGAUAUCAGGCUAAGAAAGAUGGCCGUUGACGUGCUUGACUGGAAUCACGAUGAUGCGAGGUUCGCAAUGGAAGGGAAGCUGCUGUUCACCCAGCCGAAUGACAACAACUGGCGGAAAGGACGCACAAUCAAGCUGACGCCCAUCAACGCCCUUUUGGUAACUAACGGAAAGCCAACGAUUACGCACAAAACGAACGAGAUCCGCGAAACCAGAGAAGCGAGAGAUCGCGAAGCAAGGGAAAGAGAUGGCGAUGCUCUAUUCGCACGGAGUGGAGUGAGAGAGGCUGCUCUUCUCCUAGUGAGAGAGAAGGCGGGAAGAUACACGCUGCAGAGAGAACCGCUUUUCUUGGAUAGGUGCGUGGUGGCUGCGGAUCAUGAGCCCGAACAUUUCUUCGAAGUUCACGAGAUUACUACUAAGGAUUCGUAUAUUUUCAAGGCAGAAGAAAGCUCGCGCACGCGCACUUGGUACCGGCAGCUGCAGUAUCACGCGCAGGGCGCCGGCGCGUGGCGCAAGCGGCGCAACGCGUUAGCCAACAUCAUGAUCAACCCGAUGCUUACUAGAAAUUAACUCGACUUGUACUUAGAACAUUCAAAGUCCAAUUACUACAACUUACUAUUGUUCGUUUUUUUAGCAUUAGAAAAAAAGGUAAACAAUCUUUUGAAAAAUAAGUCACGGCAAAUAUGUAAUAAUUAUCAUAUACGAUUAUUUACAUUCUUUUGCUUUCAUAAGUAAUAGUGACUGAUUUUUAAAAAGCGUUUUUCAAAUAAAAGACACGUCAAGAUCGCGUAGCCUUUUUAUACUGCUAAAAAAACGAAUUAGGGUUCCAUAGAAUUCAGGUAGAAUUAUACACAAACAUUUCGUGAAUCACACACCAAUCAUUCAUGCAUACUUUUAUUUUAGUUUUGCCCAAAUAACAACUCAGUUUUUCAAAGAAUUCGAAAGUCUGGUAUAGCAAUUUCAAUUUCAAGUGGGAAUUAUAACUAAUGCCUAAAUUAUAAGUACACAUCUAUUACGAGUAAAAUGUUCAUUCAUGCUGACUUAUGAAUUCGACAAUGUUUUCACUGAAACUGUUGGAAGACAGUAAAAGAAACAAAAUGAUAAUUUUCGUUUAAACGAAACCAUCGUUCAUUUAAAACAACAUGGUCUAUUUACUGUGAAAAUAAAUUCCCGUUUCCCUCUUGUAUAUUAAUCAGACACAGAUGAACAGGCCUAUUCGGAUUUCGAGAUAAUCACAAGAUCUUGAGACGAUUUAGAGAUCUACAUUAGAUAUCGACUAGAUGUGACUUGGAUAUCUAAGUCAUAACUUGUCGAAAUCGUUCAAGAGGACCUCCAGAAUCGCGGAAACGUCAAAUUUGACAUAUCUAUCUUACAAAUAUCUUUAAAUUAUCCGUAUCGUAACUUGUUGAAGUCUAGUAGAAAUCUAAUUCAUUUUCCGAAUCGAGCCGUAAAACAUAGUUUAAAUAAAAUAUUCGAAGUAUUUUAAAUAAAAUGGGAGCUUGUUUUAAAAUCCGAGGUACAAUCCAUAUCCCAUAUGAAAAUUCCUUUAAAUUGAAAUUCCCGCCUCAAUAUAGUUCUAGUUCAAAAAUACAUCAAUAGCAUUUACAUUGCAUUUGGAUGCGUGUAUGCUCUAACUACGGUAUUUUAUAUGUGGCAAAAAAUAUAAAAUAGUAAGUGGUUAUUUCUAAUAAGCACAGUUUUUUUAACAUACUUCUCUCAUACUUAAAUCAUCGGUUUUUGCCAUUCCAAAAAAUGCAUUUCAUGGUUGCUUUUGUUUUUAAAUAUACGUAGAUACUUAGGGGAAAUUACCUAAUUAAUUAGGUAUUGUUUGGAUCGAACGGUUACGAAUAUAAGCUUACACAUUCCUAUAAUAUUUCAUAAUUAUUUAUGUAUCGUUUAGUUCACAAAAUAAUUAUUGUUAUUUGUAAAUAAUUCUAAUAUCAUUUGCCAAUAGUUUUAAUGUUAGCUUUUCACCAAAAUAUAGUUGUUGAAGCCAUGUACCCUAUAUUUAAAAAGUAGUUAUAAUUGUAUAAAAACUAACUAAUAAUUUCGGGUUGUUUCAUAACAUUUCAGGCUUACCUUAUUUAGUUGAAAUGAAUCUAAAACAAAUAAAGAAUUGAGACCGAGUAUUGUUAUUGUACAUAAUAAACUUAAUAGCUGUGAUAUCCUUUUCUGUAAUCAAAAAAUAAGUUGAAUAAUGCUUGUAUUUGUGGCUUCUUACAUAAUUAUUCCUAAAACUUUGAAUAAAAUUACAUAAUAACUACUUAACUAGUCUUAAGAAACGUGUGUAAUACAUAGGUACCUAUUUAAAAUAAGAUAAAGUUUAUAAAAUGGUAUAUAUUUAUUGUAUGUGUUAAAAUUAAGAGUUUUCAAUUUUUUCAGUAUCAUAUUAUAAUUAUGUAGAAAUUAAACGAUCAUAUCGCCUUUGGAUUAUAUUAUAUUUUGUUACAUUAAGUUAGUAGUGCAAACAUGAAAAUAAAUGAUGAAAAAUAUAA